UUUCUAUGGCUCCUGGCUAAGUGUACGUGUGUGCGGUGCGGUGCGCGCUCGAGCUAUUGAACAGUUUUUGCCCAAGGAGACACACCUCGAGCCGAAGAAGUGACCCGGAGAGGCGCUUAUGGUGCUCGGACCACUUUGUCAUUUUGAAUAGUAAAAGAACAGAGUUGGAAAAGUCGCGUCGGGUUCUACUUUGAGCUCCGUGUGAUCCUGGGAGGAGAGUCAUGGCAGAACCGGACUACCUGGAGGGAGACUGUGAUGAGCUCAUCCAACCCAAAAAGCUGAUCAAUCCAGUCAAGGGCUCCCGGAACCACCAGGACCUCCACAGAGAGCUUAUUAUGAACCAGAAGAGGGGCCUUGCUCCUCAGAACAAACCAGAGCUCCAGAAGGUUCUGGAGAAGAGAAAGAGGGAACAAGUCAUCAAGGCCCAAAAGGAGGAGCAGGAGGCACACAAGAAAAGAAGCGACUUGGAAAUAGAGCUCAUGAAAAGACAACAGAAACUAGAGCAGCUUGAACUGGAGCAGCAGAAAAACCAGGAGGAACAGGAGAACACCCCCGAGUUUGUGAAGAUGAAGGGCAACCUGCGCCGGACCAAGCAGGAAGCAGACGGGGAGGAGCGAGCCACCUAAAAUCCAGCCGGGGUGUCUGGGUCUGGCUGACUGAGAUGCCAUGGAGUGCGUGAGUUGUUGUCUGUGGUGACGCGGUGGUGACCGGACUCAAGAUGAACCUCUUGGGCGUUCCCUUACCCAGCUGUUCCUUCCUGCAGCGAGGAGAGAGACUUUAGAGACUUAAAGACCCAGCCCUCUGUCUCCCUGCAAGCGGACCGCCAGCACUCGCACCUAUCCAGCAGCACACAGCACCCCCCCCCCCCUCCUCCUCGCAGGAGGCACCCAACACGGACAUGUUCCACGUUACACGCUUUUUCAACGCGGGCCAGCAAGCUUCCAUUGAGCUCGAGUGGAGGAAAUGAACCAAACCCCGAUCUGUCUUUAGCUCUUUUUGCUGCUCUGCGAGCUGUCGUUUCAAUUUACUGUCAUCUGUGUUGUCAUUGUUGUUUCUGUUCUCAUAUUCACGAUCAUAGCGAAGUCAAAAAAAGCGGACACUGGAUGGACUCUUGAAGCUGUGUAAAAUAAAAGCCAAACAAAUGUGCUUUUUUUUUUGUUAUUUAUGUUGGUAGCUUUUAGCCCAGGUGUAGGGGAGGACACUUUUUUUUUUUUUUUUUAGUCAUUCUGUGUUUUACUUUGUUUUACAGCAUAGCAUUUAAAGCCAGAACAAGACAAAGGGAGUGUGUGGUUGUAUGGAAAUAUGCUUUUUGUUCUUUUUUUUUAUUUCUGCACAUGAUAUCUCCUCAGCUAAUGCAAUUUUAAGCAAUAGUAGAACUCCCAGGCAUGAGAGUGAUUUCUUUUCUUUAUAUAUUCUAUUGUUUUGUAUGGAAAAAAUGUGUUCCUUAAUAAAUAAUUUACAUUUUA